UUGUUAGAUUGUUGGUUUUAUAGACGGCCAGCAGCAGAGCAAAGUGUUUACAGUGGAAAUGGCGGCGAAACGGAAGACCCCUGUUAAGACCCGAAACCCAGAUCUGAUACGUGGUGUGGGCAAGUAUUCCAGGUCUAAGAUGUACCACAAGCGUGGCCUUUGGGCAAUCAAGGCCAAAAACGGCGGCGUUUUUCCCCGCCAUGACCCUAAGUCCAAGGCCCCAGCUGCCGCCGAGAAGGCUCCCAAGUUCUACCCGGCUGAUGAUGUCAAGAAGCCGCUUCCUAAUAAGCGCAAGCCUAAACCCACCAAGCUCAGGGCGAGCAUUACACCAGGGACGGUGUUGAUUUUGUUGGCUGGGAGGUUUAUGGGGAAGAGAGUUGUUUUCUUGAAGCAACUUACUUCUGGGCUUCUUUUGGUUACUGGACCAUUCAAGAUUAAUGGUGUUCCUCUAAGGCGUGUGAACCAAUCCUAUGUCAUUGCUACUUCCACCAAGGUUGACAUCUCAGGAGUAAACGUAGAGAAGUUUGUUGACAAGUACUUUGCCAAGGAAGUACAAAAGAAGAAGAAGAAGGGAGAGGGAGAGUUUUUUGAGGCUGAAAAAGAGGAUAAGAAGAAAUUGCCAGAAGACAAGAAAGAAGACCAGAAAGCUGUCGAUGGGUCUUUAAUAAAGUCCAUUGAGGGAGUCCCAGACUUGAAGGCCUACCUAGCUGCACGAUUUUCUCUGAAGUCUGGCAUGAAACCUCAUGAACUUGUCUUCUAGUGGGAAUUUGCAUGUAGCUAAAAGCUUUACUUUGUUAUGCUUUUGGUUUAAAGAGUGUCAGUGGUUGUUUUAUCGGAUGCUAUAUGGGAAAUCCUGAAUUUUGGGAUACUAUCUUUUGCCAUGCAAGAGUCUCAAAUUUCCUUAUUUCAUUGUGUUUUGUGCUAAUCUCAAUGGAGCUUGUUCUUUUUUGUUGUGUAUUUUUAUUUGAUUGUUUUGAUACCUUUUAGUUAUGGAGUAGCUGGUAGGUUUUUAGUUCGUGGUCAACUGAGUUAACAUUGAUUCUUGGCCUUCAUAUGUGUUGAAUUGGUACUUGUCACUGAUUUAACAAUGUAUAUGAAGAUAUGUGCUAGUUACGGGUCCUCUCAGCACUAUGCUGAUAUGAAAAACGUAUAAGUAGAAAUAACUGUCUUUUUUUUUUUUUUUUUUUC